AUGCCAAAAUCCGACUUGCUUACAUCGAAUCCUUGGUCUAAAUUAUCGAAAAAAAAAUUAAAAGCCUUGUCGGAAACGUCUGAAACUAGUCAAACUCAAGAAGAGGAUCAUAGAAAAAUUGAGCUGAUAAAAAAAAACCCUGUAUUAGUCAUGUUUAACAUACCAUAUGACUCUACUGAAAAUGAUAUUCGUGAAAUUAUAGAUAAGUAUACUUCCGGUUAUUCGAUCUAUUUCAUGACAAAUAAAGAAGAAUAUGCUCCGAAAAGUUUGGAUUCAAUCAAAGGACGAGCUGAACUACCGAAUGUUGCUAACAACGUAUUACCAGAAGACGAAAAUUUUAAGAAACCAGCAAACAACACUUUGUACGUUAGCAACAUCAAUUUCGAAACACCUGAAAAAAAGCUUGUUGAAUAUUUUUCGAAGUUUAACGGAUUUAGAAAAUUUACGUUAUUGAAAAGCCGCAAAAACAGCAAAUCAAUCGGCCAUGGAUUUGCCACAUUUGCAACUUGUGAAGAUGCACAAGAUGCUGUCCGAAAGCUGGCUUCUGUAACAAUCGAUGGACAUUUAUUAGUUAUAGAAUAUGCAAAGAGACAAAUCAACACUGAAGAGCAGGAAGAUGAAGACGUAGAAGGUCUCUCCGAGUUUAAGACCACCAAACUUUUGAUAAAGAAUUUAGCCUUUGAGACCAACAUUAAAGAUCUCAAAGUGCUGUUUGGUUCAAUUGUGAAAGUAAAAAAUAUUAGAUUGCCUAAAAAAGCAAACGGAACGCCAAGAGGGUUCGCUUUUGUGGAGUUUCAUUCACUGUCAGAUUUGAAAAAAGCUGUAAAUAAAUUGUUUAACGUGCAUCUUUUAGGUCGAAGAAUGAUUUUUCUUCCGUCCAAUCAUAAUGACGAGGAAUAA